ACAGACAGAGCGGACAGAUCCCAGGUAUACCGGACAGACAGAGCGGACAGAUCCCAGGUAUACCGGACAGACAGAGCGGACAGAUCCCAGGUAUACCGGACAGACAGAGCGGACAGAUCCCAGGUAUACCGGACAGAACUUGCGGAGACUGGGACCUGAUCGGCGCCGAGAUUGUACAGAAACCAGGAUCUGAUCACCUACAUACAGCCCUCCCGAUCUGAUCACCUACAUACAGCCCUCCCGAUCUGAUCACCUACAUACAGCCCUCCCGAUCUGAUCACCCCCGAUCUGCUCCCGGGAUUGUACCAUCUACCAGGAUCCAUCACACGAUGAUCACAAUGUUCGGUUUUACAGACCCUCUUAAAAUGAAGCAUUGUUACUUCAAUGAAAGUAUCGGCUUCUUCUACAACAACAGCGGGAAAGACCUUACGUCGGAAUGGAGGCCGAAGGACAUUCUGGUGGUUGCCCUGGGACUUACCGUGUGCGUCUUCGUGCUCCUGACCAACAUCAUGGUCAUCACGGCCAUCGUAAUAAACAAGAGAUUCCACUAUCCCAUCUACUAUCUUUUGGGGAACCUGGCGGCUGCAGAUCUAUUUGCUGGAGUAGCCUACAUGUAUCUCAUGUUCCAUACCGGUCCAAGGACUAAAAGCCUAACUGUGAAAACCUGGCUCCUCCGACAGAGUCUACUAGAUACCAGCCUCACAGCCUCGGUGGCCAACCUACUGGCCAUAGCUGUAGAGCGGCACCAGACGGUCUUUGCCAUGCAGCUCCACAGCAAGAUGUCCAACCAACGCGUCUGCAUCCUCAUUGCCUGCAUCUGGCUUGCGGCCUUGUUGCUGGGCCUCAUCCCAUCUUUUGGGUGGCAUUGUAUUUGUAACAUUGAGACAUGUUCGCACAUGGCCCCACUCUACAGCCGGAGUUAUCUUAUCUUCUGGGCAGUAUCCAACUUGGUAGCAUUUCUCAUCAUGAUGGUGGUAUACAUGCAUAUCUUUGUCUACGUCAAGAGAAAGAUGGCCAGGAUGUCCAGACACACGUCUUUCCACCCCAAGUACCGGGAGACCAUGAUCAACUUGAUGAAGACCGUGUUUAUCAUAUUAAGUGCCUUUGUGAUCUGCUGGACUCCAGGCCAAAUUGUUCUCCUUCUGGACGGCUUGGGGUGCAAAAGCUGCAAUGUCCUGGCUGUUGAGAAAUACUUCCUGCUCCUCGCUGAGAUCAACUCCGUCAUCAAUCCCAUCGUGUACUCCUACAGAGACAAUGAGAUGAGGGCUACCUUUAAGCAGAUCCUUUGCUUCUGCUGCAAUCGAGGGUCCAAGUACUCACCUUCCGUCAAGUCAACGAAUACGGAGAGGAGAAUAUUGGCUGACAAUGGACAUAUGGUUCGGGAUUCCACACUAUAA